UUUGGGACACUUCCGGGGCGGGGCUUGGGGCGGAAGUGCGGGCCGCGCGGGCGAGGGGGCCGCCAUGAACCUGGAGCGGCUGCGGAAACGCGUCCGGCAGUACCUGGACCAGCAGCAGUAUCAGAGCGCUCUGUUCUGGGCAGACAAGGUGGCCUCGCUCUCCCACGAGGAGCCGCAGGACGUGUACUGGCUGGCACAGUGCCUCUACCUGACGGCGCAGUACCACAGGGCCGCCCACGCUCUGCGCUCCCGGAAGCUCGACAAGUUGUAUGAGGCGUGCCGCUACCUGGCAGCUAGAUGCCACUACGCUGCGCGGGAGCACCAGCAGGCCCUCGACAUUCUCGACAUGGAGGAGCCGAUCAACAAGAGGCUGUUUGAGAGACACCUCAAAGAUGACAGCAGUAUGAAAGACCCCUCUUCCGACUGGGACAUGUCCCCGUCCUCGAUAAAGAGCUCCAUUUGUCUCUUACGAGGGAAAAUCUAUGAUGCACUGGACAACCGGACCCUCGCGACCUACAGCUACAAGGAGGCUCUGAAGCUUGAUGUGCACUGCUUCGAGGCCUUUGACCUGCUGACGUCCCACCACAUGCUCACAGCCCAAGAAGAAAAAGAACUUCUGGACUCACUACCUCUUACCAAGCUCUGUCCUGAAGAGCAGGAGUUGCUCCGUUUUCUUUUUGAGAACAAACUAAAGAAGUAUAAUAAGCCCAGUGAAACUGUAAUCCCGGAGUCUGUGGAUGGCUUGCAGGAAAAUCUGGACGUGGUGGUGUCUUUAGCUGAGCGACACUAUUAUAACUGUGACUUUAAAAUGUGCUACAAGCUCACGUCUGUGGUAAUGGAGAAAGAUCCUUUUCAUGCAAGUUGUUUGCCUGUGCAUAUAGGGACCCUGGUGGAGCUGAAUAAAGCAAAUGAACUUUUCUAUCUUUCUCACAAGUUGGUGGAUUUAUAUCCAAGCAAUCCUGUGUCUUGGUUUGCAGUGGGGUGCUACUACCUCAUGGUCGGCCAUAAGAAUGAACACGCCAGGAGGUACCUCAGUAAAGCUACAACACUGGAAAAGACCUACGGGCCUGCGUGGAUUGCGUACGGGCACUCGUUUGCGGUGGAGAGUGAGCACGACCAGGCCAUGGCCGCCUACUUCACGGCAGCGCAGCUCAUGAAAGGGUGCCACUUGCCAAUGCUCUAUAUUGGAUUAGAAUAUGGUUUGACCAACAACUCAAAAUUGGCUGAAAGGUUCUUUGGCCAGGCUCUGAGCAUCGCGCCAGAAGACCCCUUUGUCAUGCAUGAGGUUGGUGUGGUUGCGUUUCAGAACGGAGAAUGGAAAACAGCAGAGAAAUGGUUUCUUGAUGCUUUGGAAAGAAUUAAAGCAAUUGGGAAUGAGGUGACGGUGGACAAGUGGGAGCCAUUGCUGAACAACUUGGGGCACGUGUGCAGGAAACUGAAGAAGUAUGCAGAGGCGUUGGACUAUCACCGCCAGGCUCUGGUGCUAAUUCCUCAAAAUGCGUCCACCUACUCUGCCAUCGGGUAUAUCCACAGUCUCAUGGGCAACUUUGAGAAUGCCGUCGACUACUUCCACACGGCACUUGGGCUUAGGCGAGAUGACACGUUCUCUGUCACCAUGCUUGGCCACUGCAUUGAGAUGUACAUCGGGGACUCUGAAGCCUACAUUGGAGCAGACAUUAAAGACAAAUUAAAAUGUUAUGACUUUGAUGUGCAUACCAUGAAGACACUCAAAAACAUCAUUUCACCUCCGUGGGAUUUCAGGGAGUUUGAAGUAGAGAAACAGACUACAGAAGAGACAGGGCUUGCGCCACUGGACACUCCGAGAAAAACCCCAGAUUCUAGACCUUCCUUGGAAGAAGCCUUUGAAAUCGAAAUGAACGAAAGUGACAUGAUGCUGGAGACAUCCAUGUCUGACCACAGCACGUGACUGCACUGGGGCUGGUCGGCAGAGGUGGACGGUUCUUCCUGGGAGUCCAGGCUGCGCCCACGGGGAGCAAGGCCUGCCUCCAGUCUUGGGCGGCGGAGCUUGGCUGCAGGCGUUCUCCUGAGACUAAAGGAGUCCUGUGCAGCGGAAUAAACAAGGUGAAACCUCUGUUAGCUGCUCCCCCCCCCCCCAGUAAACUUUUGUUUUGGACUAA